AUGCGAACGAAAAAUACAGGUGUGUUAUUUACUUUGAUCGUGUUACUGAUCAACUUUCUCUUCGUCAGUGAAAAUAUUUUAAGGCGUCGCUUCUGUAAUUCGGUCAAACCCAAGGGUUUGGAAUUAGUCCCACCCACUGCGCAGCUUCGUCGCCUCACUGUUUUCCUCAAUCCGUUCGCCAGGCAUGGUUCACUUCUCAAAGAAUUCGAAAAGAAUGUGGCACCAUUGCUCCAAUUGAGCGGUCUGGAUGUCCAGAUGGUCUACACCGAUAAUGACUUUGAAACAAAGGAUUUCGUCCGUGUUCUUGACCCACAAAGUACGGAUGGUAUCUUAGUCGCCAGUGACGAUCAUGUACUUCAAAAGGUUGUGACGGCGUUGCUUGAAAGGCCUGAACUCACAACCGGUCCUCGAUUGAUACCAGUGGGAAUCGUACCCGUGGGUGUGUGGAACACGUUUGCUAGCACGGUGACCAGGCCCCGAGAUCAACCUAGGUAUGGUUAA